AUUUUAUCAUAAAUAUAAUAUUCAUAAUAAUACUUCAGUCCAAAGACUUGCUAAUAGAUAUUAUAAUUGCUAGCAUGCGAAAUUUAGGAGUUAGAGGAAAGACUGAAUGAUGGAUGAUUAGACAAAAUGUUGGAUAAUUUGAAAAUAGUAUUGUUUUGUGCUGUUCUUAGUGUCAGUAUCACACCAACCUCUGGGCAAUGUAGUGAACCCUUGCCACCUGAACAUGCCUACACGUUAACAGUUUCACAAGUCUCGUACACGUCAGGCGAGAUCUACGAGUUUCUAUGCAUACCUGGUUAUAAGUUGGAUGGGAGCGGUAACCUGACAUGUUCUGGUACCAGUUGGACUCCGGGUCUACCAUCCUGUAUUUCAGCAGAGAUAUUGAAGUGGUGGGUCUAUCUGGUUUGUGUCGUUGUUGCAAUUAUUCUGGUUCCCUGUAUCCUACCAAGGAUAUAUGCAUGUAUAUGUAAAAAAAAGAGCAAAUCUGAUGACCGUAAACCCCUUACAAAAGACAAAGGUGGUUACCAUGGUAAAGGAGGUGAACCGCCAGGAGUAUGGAGGAAGAAUAAACCCUUAACACCAGUUACUGAUAGAGGGAAACACAAGCUUAGCUCACUUCAAAAUAAUUACGCAGGUUAUCCUCACUCAAAGAACACUUAUUACUGAACGUUGAUUGGCUUAUACCUUAUCAGUAUUUAUAUACAUGUAAGA